AUGAACGUUAACACUAACGUCGUUAAGAAAACUCAAGGGCGGAGGAAAACUGCAAUCAAGCCAAUUGACAAUCAGAACAGUAGACACGUUACUUUCUCAAAACGUUGUUUAGGACUUUUCAAAAAAGCUAGUGAACUUUGCAUAUUAACUGGUGAAGAAAUUGUUAUUCUGGUUCAGUCUUUAAAGCGCCAAUGUCUUUUCACUUUCGGUCAUCCUAGUGCUGAUGCUGUUAUUGACCGUUACGUCACUAGAAUACCAUCUUCGUCGUUGUCAUCAUCGACCACUGAUGAAUUCAACUUGCAACUAAAUAACCAGUAUUAUUCUCAUAUGUGUAAAGAUUUGGAAGCGGAGAAGAAGAAGAAAGAGAAUAUUGAAGAAGAGAAGUUGGUGAAUAUUGAUGAUAAUAACAAUGGGGGAUAUUUGUGGAAUGAACCAAUUGAUACUAAGGGUAUUGAUGAACUUGAAGAAUUUAUGGUUGCAUUGGAAAAUUUGAAGAAGAACGUAACAACAAGGGUUGAUGAAUUGAGUAUGUUAAAUGGAUCUUCUUCAUCGAAUUCAACUAUAAACAUAGCAAGAUUUGGAGCUGAGGAUCAAUUUUUGAAUCAGGUUGCAAUUGAUUAUUGUUCUUCAAUUGUUCCUUAUGAACUCAAUAGCUGA